CCCCAGCCUCAGCCUCACAGCCACGUCCAUCACCUCUCCUCCAAGCAGCAGCAGACAUGGUGCUCCACCACAAAGAGUUUGACAAGGCGGGCAAGGCUCCUGGCCUGCAGAUCUGGAGGAUCGAGAACAUGGAGCUGGUCCCUGUGCCUGAGAGUUUACAUGGGAACUUUUACGCUGGAGAUGCGUAUGUCAUUCUCCGCACGGUCAAGCAGAAGGCCACUUUUUUCUACGAGCUGCACUACUGGCUGGGUAAGGAGUGCAGCCAGGAUGAGAGCACGGCUGCAGCCAUCUUUACCGUGCAGCUGGACGACUACCUGGGGGGGAAGCCGGUCCAGUACAGGGAGCUACAGGGGGUCGAGUCGACAGCCUUCACCAGCUACUUCAAAGGAGGGAUCACUUACAAAACAGGAGGUGUGGCGUCGGGUUUCCAUCAUGUGGUCACCAACGACCUUUCAGCGCAGAGACUCUUCCACAUCAAGGGCCGCAGGGUGGUGAGAGCCACUCAGGUCCCCCUCAGCUGGUCCAGCUUCAACAGGGGGGACUGCUUCAUCGUGGACCUGGGAGCUGUGAUCUACCAGUGGUGUGGAUCCAAGUGUAACAAGUUUGAGCGACUAAAAGCGGCACAAGUGGCCACUGGCAUCCGUGACAAUGAGAGAAACGGCAGAGCCAAAGUGGUGGUGGUGGACGAGGGGAGCGAACCGUCUCAUUUAACUGAGGUCCUUGGUAGCAAGCCAGAGCUUUCAGAGGGAGAUGACAGUGAUGACACAGAGGCAGACGUGUCCAACAGGAAAAUGGCAAAACUGUACAUGGUAUCUGAUGCAUCUGGGUCCAUGAAAGUGUCCCUGGUAUCAGAGGAAAACCCUUUCCUACAGAGUCACCUGCUGUCAGAUGAAUGCUUCAUUCUGGAUCACGGCAACAAUAAGAUGAUAUUUGUAUGGAAAGGGCACAGGGCCAACCCCAGUGAAAGAAAAGAGGCCAUGAAAACAGCUGAGGGCUUCAUCAAGCAGAUGGGCUACCCACCAAACACACAGAUCCAAGUCCUCCCAGAGGGCGGAGAGACUCCCAUCUUUAAACAGUUCUUCCUGGGCUGGAAAGAGAAGGACCAAAGUGAAGGCUUUGGCAAGGUCUUUGUCACUGAGAGGAUUGCCAAGAUUCAGCAGAUGGAGUUUGAUGCCUCCAAACUCCAUGAGUCCCACCACAUGGCAGCCCAGUACAACAUGGUGGAUGAUGGGACUGGGGAUGUGAAGAUUUGGAGAGUGGAGAGCAGUGGCAGAGUUCCUGUUGACCCAAAGACCUAUGGGCAAUUCUAUGGCGGAGACUGUUACAUCAUUCUAUACACUUACCAUAAGGGUCAGAUCAUCUACACUUGGCAAGGGGCCAGCAGCACCAUGGAUGAGAUUACAGCCUCGGCCUUCCUGACUGUAGAACUAGAUCGUUCACUGGGGGGGAAUGCUGUUCAGGUCAGAGUGUCAGAGGGGAAAGAGCCACCUCAUCUACUCAGUCUCUUCAAAUCGAAACCCCUUGUUGUAUAUAAGAACGGUACAUCCCGCCAGGGUGGCCAGGUGUCAGCACCCCAAACUCGCCUCUUCCAGGUACGCAGAAACCUGGGGGCCAUCACAAGAAUUGCUGAGGUUGAGGCCACAGCUCCCAGUCUGAACUCCAACGAUGCCUUCCUGCUGAAAAUGGCCAGUGGGCAGGGGUACCUGUGGAUGGGCAGGGGGGCCAGCAGUGAAGAGGGAAAAGGAGCUGAAUACAUGAGCCGGGAGCUGAACUGCAGCUGCAAGCGCAUCAUGGAGGGAGAGGAACCAGCUGACUUCUGGGCAGCGUUAGGGGGGAGGACAGAGUACCAGACAUCAGAGAGACUGGAGAGUCAGAGCAUGACUCACCCACCUCGUCUGUUUGGAUGCUCCAACAAGACCGGCAGGUUUAUUAUUGAAGAGGUUCCAGGAGAGUUUACCCAAGAUGAUCUGGCUGAAGAUGACGUGAUGCUUCUGGAUACUUGGGACCAGGUGUUUGUCUGGAUUGGCAAGGAUGCAAACGAGGUUGAGAGAAGUGAAUCUGUAAAGUCCGCUAAACAGUACAUUGACAGCGACCCAGGAGGCCGGGACAAGCUGACUCCUGUGGUGAUCGUGAAACAAGGUCACGAGCCGCCCACCUUCACAGGCUGGUUCCUGGCCUGGGACCCCUCACACUGGGACUCACAGCCCAUCAUGCAAUCCAUGAGGGCAAUGAAACUUUAGACAAUACACAUCUCAU